GGAAGGUGAUCAUGAUGUGACUUAUAUGAGAGUAUUUCGAUCCGAAUCUUGUCUGUAUCACCGUCAUCGUUUCCCGGGUCAUCGUUUAGCCCCCGAGCAUGUCCGCUGCACCUGAAACCCUAAUCAUUGACUCUACAGCCAUCUACAUCGCCGCUCUCAAUACCAUCAAUUGCCAAAAGCUAGCGUCUUCUUUUCGCCUCUGCCCUUUACCGUCCACUAUCCCUCAGACGAAACGUAUUCCAAAAACUCGCUUCAUUGUUGAUGGCUUCAAACACGCCGGCGAUUUCUCCGUCUCGUACUUCCUCUCCCAUUUUAACUCCGAUCACUGUGCCGGCCUCUAUCCCAAUUGGACAAGGGGCAUUAUUUUUUGCUCCUAUAUCACUGCUCGCCUCCUUGUCCAAGUCCUUCAAGUCCCGGCCCCUUUUGUGGUUUCUCUACCUCUCUCAAAGCAGAUAUUAAUUGACGGCUGCGAAGUAUUUCUCGUGGAUGCUAACUAUUGCCCAGGAGCAGUUCAAUUCCUAUUCAAGAUACCUGUUCCUAAUAUUAAUGGAAAGUUUGAGCGAUAUGUUCAUGCAGGUGCUUUUCGGCAUCACACUUCCAUGGAAUUAGAUCCUGCCCUAAGUACAUUUGUUGGUUCUGAUACUUUGUUUCUCGAUGCCACAUAUUAUAAUCCGAAAUAUGCCUUACCCAGUAAAGAGGUGGCGAUUGAUUACAUAAUUCACAUUAUAGAGUCGAAUGGGGUUGAGAAAGAAGCCUCACCUAAGAGUGUUCUGUUUCUUCUUUCAACCUAUGGUAUUGGGAAAGAGAAGAUAUUGAUAGAUAUUGCACGAAGAUGUAAGAGGAAGGUCUGCGUGGAAAGUCGGAAAGUGUUGGGCCUGAGAGACUUGGGUCACGGGGAUGAAGUGUUUACAGAAGAUGAAUCCAAGACUGAUAUUCAUGUUGUGAGUUGCGAUGAAUUGGGUGAAACAUGGCCUCUUUUUAGGCCUAAUUUUGUGAGAGUGCAGGAUAUUAUGAAAGAAAAGAAGUUUUCAAAACUUGUGGGCUUUGUUCCAACUUGCUGGAGCUACAAUGUAGAGGGGAGUAAGUUUUCAGUGAGGAAGAAAGACUCCCUUGAAAUACAUCUUGUGCCAUAUAGUGAACAUUCAAACUAUGAUGAGCUUAGAGAAUAUGUGAAGUUUUUAAAACCAAAGUGUGUUAUUCCUACCUUAGGUCUAGAUGUUGAGAAGCUCGAUAGAAAAUGUGCUAAUGCUAGGAAUACAAAUUUUUUGGGGUUGGUUAAUGAAAUGGAUAUUAAACAAGAUUCUCAUUGUGUGUUGCAAGGAGUGGAUGAGAAUAUUGUGAAAGGUUCUGCUUAUGAUGUAAGGAUACUGGAGCUACAGAUUGAGGCUUCUUCAUCAGAUGUCAAAGAAAGUAAAGAUAUGGAGAAUAUCGACACUUCGCAUGCACAGAAAGAAUCUAAUUUACUUAUUUCGGGUUUUAUGGAUGAAGAUGCCAUGGAGGAAUGUAUACAAGAACUUCAAGUAAUUUUGCCAUCUUGGGUCAUUCGAGCACAGAUGCUGUAUUUGCUCAGAAUUACAGACAGAAGUCUAGUUGAUGCAGUUUCUCAUUUUUAUGAGCAUGAAACUGAAUUUCAGGAACAGAGUGAAUUACCACUUUCAGAGCCAUGGCUUAUUAAGAACAUUGGAAGAAAUGAAAUUGUAUCUCUGAGUCAAAGUCCUGGUAAAAAGUAUAAAUCUAUUAGUAGGAAGAAGUCGGGUGCCAGUAGUAAUUCUUCCAGUAAAAUAAAGAGCAAUACAAUAUCCAAAUCCUCUAAAAGAGCAAAACUGAAUUCUAAGAUGGAUUCUAGUGGAUCAAAGCAAUGCACCAUAACAAACUUCUUCAGAAAAGUAGGGGUUUGUGACUCGAGAACAGAAAGUGUUCGUAACCAAAAUUGAGUAUUGCCGAAACAGUGAAUGCAACCAGCCAACCACAAAACCAUAUAGAGAUGAGAUAGAUGACUUUAUUUAAAUUGUUAAUGGAAGUGAGUCAUUAGAAAGCCAUGCUGCUGCUUGUAUACUUACAGAGGCCAAAUGAGACAUCACUAGGGCAUGGGCAUUGGAUAUAUUCUUUAACCAUGCGAUUGUGAAACAAGAAGUCCGAGAUGGUAUUGUUUUGUGGGUCAAAUAUCAUUGGGUUCCAAAGAUGCAUUCUUUUCAAGAUUCAAAGCCUUCCAAAAAAAACUGGCGCUGAUUGUUACUUUCCUUUGAAUGACAUUAUUGGAGAACAUUGCUGAAAAUGUUAUCUCCCUCCAAAAUAAGUUCGGCUGUCAAACAUGUCUUCCUUCCAUUCUCAGCUUCCUGGAGUGGACACAUACUUUUGAACUCGUUGAGGAAAGAGGAAAGAGAAAAGGGAGUCAAUCUCAGGUUUACCCAUUUGGCACUCACCUCACAACCACCCUGGCAUCAGUGUAUUU